CUGGUCGGAGGCGGCGCGGGAGGCGGGAGCUGAGCCUCGGUGGCAGGGGACGAUGGUGGAGGCUUGGUAUAUGGACGAUUCCCGGGAGGACCCCCGGAAGCCGCAUCGCCCAGAGCCGGAGCGGCCGGUCAGCCUAGAGCAGCUGAGCCGGCUGGGCGUCUUCUACUGGAAACUGGAUGCUGACAACUACGAGACCGACCCAGAAUUAGCAAAAAUUCGUAAGGAGAAGAAGUAUUCUUGGAUGGAUAUAAUAACGAUAAGCAAAGAUAUGCUGCCAAAUUAUGAAGAGAAGAUAAAAAAUUUUUACGAAGAGCACUUACACCUGGAUGAUGAGAUUCGCUACAUCCUGGAAGGAAGUGGAUAUUUUGAUGUUCGUGAUAAAGAUGAUAAGUGGAUCCGGAUUGCUAUGGAGAAAGGCGACAUGAUCACGCUUCCUGCUGGCAUCUAUCACCGAUUUACACUGGAUGAAUCUAAUUAUGUCAAGGCAAUGAGACUGUUUGUUGGAGAACCCGUGUGGACCGCUCAUAACAGACCAGCUGACCACUUUCCUGCUCGAGCACAGUACCAACAGUUUUUGUCACAAAUGGUACAAUAAACCAAUAGGACAACAUGAGGCAUGGAACACCCUGCAACAUCUGUAACAUUAAAAUGGCAAAGCGGCUAUGUCAGGGGUAGGCAACCUUGGCUCAUAUGGCUCAGGAAUUCUGGAAGUUGAAGUCCACAAGUCAUAAAAGGGCCAAGGUUGCCUACCCCCCUGGGCUAUGUUAACAGCAUCUACAGGUGAUAAAUCUUUGAUUUCCCUUUUCAAAUAAAAAAUUUUAAUAUCAGAUUUUGUCCUCGGAUGGAUUUCUACUUACAGUAGUGAUUUAUGUAGUUUGCAGAUCUCAGUUGAGAAUAUCAAUACUUU